AUGUAUUAUUUACUGCCUAAUGAAGAAGAUCCAAUCCGCACUGUCAAGAGCAAAAAUUUCAUCGACAGAGUUAUAUUUUUAGUUGUUGUAGCUCGUCUUAGAUUUGAUGCACAAGGAGUAAAAAUAUUCUCCGAUAAAAUUAGAUUGUUUCUUUUUGUUACACAAGAACGAACUAAAAGAGCUAGUGCAAAUAGACUUGCGGACACUAUGAAAACAAUAACCUCGGUAACCAAAGAAAUUUCACGAUCAUUCUUGAUUAAUAAAGUACUUCCUGCUAUCAAGGCUAAAUGGCCUAGCGAAGAUUUAAAUUCUACAAUAUUCAUUCAACAAGAUAAUGCAAGAACGCACAUUCAACCUAAUGACGAGGAAUUUUGUCGAGCAACGACACAAGAUGGAUUCGAUAUUCGCUUGAUGUGUCAACCACCCAAUUCUCCAUAUUUGAAUGUCUUAGACCUUGGAUUUUUCAGAUCUACCCAGUCUCUACAACACAAGGAAAAUUUUAAAAGUAUUGAUGAUCUUGUUGCGGCUGUUAUAAAAUCAUAUGAAGAUUUUUCAACAGAGAAGUCCAAUUAUAUUUUUCUAACAACGCAGUCAUGUAUAAUGGAGAUCAUGAAAGUAAAAGGUUCACAUGAUUACAAGAUUCAACAUCUUAGUAAAAGUAAUUCAGCAAGGAAUGGUCAGCUUCCAGUACAAUUGAAAUUUGAUUCAAAAUUAGUACAAAAAACUUUCGUUUAUUUAGGUUAA